UCUCUCAACUGGAGACUUUGUUGCCCAGGUUCUGGAUCCUGCAGGGCUCCUCUCAAGUCCUGCCACCAGCCUGCUGUGAUGCAUCCAGGCCCUCGGCACCCAACCCUGGCCCCUGCCCUGGCCCUGGCAUUGACCUUGGCUAUGUUGGCGGAACCAGCAUCUGCAGCCUCCUUCUUCGGUGAAAACCACCUGGAGGUGUUUGUGGCCACAGUUCUGACCAACAUAGACCUACAGCUGCAGUUCUCUACGUCCCAGCCCGAAGCCCUACUUCUUCUGGCAGCAGGCCCAGCCGACCACCUCCUCCUGCAGCUCUACUCUGGACGCCUGCAGGUCAGACUUGUGCUAGGCCAGGAAGAGCUGAAGCUACAGACGCCGUCAGAGAUGCUGCUGAGUGACUCUGUCCUGCACACAGUGGGGCUGAAGGUAUCUGACGGCUGGGCCCGGUUGUCAGUAGACGGGCUCCUCAACAGUUCAGCCCCAUUCCAGGGGGGCCCUCUGGAGGUCCCCUAUGGGCUCUUCGUGGGAGGCACUGGAAGCCUGGGCCUGCCCUAUCUAAGGGGAACUAGCCGCCCCCUGAGGGGUUGCCUCCAUGUAGCUACCCUCAAUGGCCACAGCCUCCUACAGCUACUGACCCCAGACGUGCACGAGGGCUGUGCGGAAGAGUUUUCUGCUGGUGAUGAGGUGGCUCUGGGCUUCUCUGGGCCCCACUCACUGGCUGCCUUCCCUGCCUGGAGCACUCAGGUUGAGGGCAACCUGGAGUUCACACUCACCACGAGGAACCAGCAGGCACCCCUGGCCUUCCAGGCAGGGGGCCAGCACGGGGAUUUCAUCUACUUGGAUGUAUUUGAGGGCCAUCUGCGGGCUGUGGUGGAGAAAGGCCAGGGCACUGUGCUGCUCCACAACAGUGUGCCUGUGGCUGAUGGGCAGCCCCAUGAGGUCAGUGUCCACAUAGAUGUUCACCAGCUGGAAAUCUCUGUGGACCAGUACCCAACACGUACUUCCAACCGUGGGGUCCUCAACUACCUGGAGCCUCGCGGCCGUCUCCUCCUCGGGGGGCUAGAUGCAGACGCAUCUCGCCAUCUCCAGGAACACCGCCUAGGCCUGGCGCCAGGGGCUGUCAGUGUCUCCCUGGUGGGCUGCAUGGAGGACCUCAGCAUCAACGGCCAGAGGCAAGGGCUCCGGGAAGCCUUGCUGACUCGUAACAUGGUGGCCGGCUGCAAGCCUGAGGAAGACGAAUAUGAAGAGGACGCUUAUGGCCCCUAUGAAGUUUUCUCUACUCUGGUACCUGAGGUUUGGCCAGCCAUGAAGCUGCCUGAGCCCUGCGUGCCUGAACCUGGGCUGCCUCCUAUCUUUGCCAACUUCACCCAACUGCUGACCAUCAGCCCCCUGGUGGUGGCUGAGGGUGGCACUGCCUGGCUUGAGUGGCGGCACGUACAACCCACGCUGGACCUGAGGGAGGCUGAGCUGCGCAAAUCCCAGGUGCUGUUCAGUGUGAGCCGCGGGCCACGCCACGGCAAGCUAGAGCUGGACAUUCCAGGUGCGCAGGCUCGGCAAAUGUUCACCCUCCUGGAUGUGGUGAACCGCAAGGCCCGCUUCAUCCACAGUGGCUCCGAGGACACCGAGGACCAGCUGGUGCUGGAGGUGUCAGUGACGGCUUGGGGACCCGUGCCCUCCUGCCUCCGGAGGGGCCAAACUUACAUUCUGCCCAUCCAGAUAAACCCUGUCAACGACCCACCCCACAUCAUCUUCCCGCACGGCAGCCUUAUGGUGAUCCUGGAACACACACAGAAGCCACUGGGGCCUGAGGUUUUCCAGGCCUAUGACCCAGACUCCCCCUGUGAGGGCCUUACCUUCCAGCUCCUCAGUGCCCUGGCUAACAGCCCUGUGGAACGCCGAGACCAGCCCGGGGAGCCAGCGACCGAGUUUUCCUGCCGGGAGCUAGAAGCGGGCAGCCUUGUCUAUGUCCACCGUGGUGGGCCUGCCCAGGACUUGACAUUCCGGGUCAGCGAUGGGCUGCAGGCCAGCUCCCCAGCCACACUGAAGGUGGUGGCUGUCCGGCCAGCCAUUCAAAUUCGCCACAACACGGGGCUGCACCUGGCCCAGGGCUCCGCUGCGCUGGUCUUGCCCUCCAACCUGUCAGUGGAGACAAAUGCUGUAGGGCAGGAUGUGAGUGUGCUAUUCCGAGUCACCGAGGCCCUGCAGUUUGGGGAGCUGCAGAAGCAGGGGGCAGGAGGGGCAGAAGGCACGGAGUGGCGGGCCUCACAGGCCUUCCACCAGAGGGACGUGGAGCAGGGCCGAGUGAGGUACCUGAGCACCGACCCACAGCACCGCAUGGAGGACACGGUGGAGAAGCUGGCCCUGGAGGUGCAGGUGGGCCAGGAGAUUCUGAGCAAUCUGUCCUUCGCAGUGACGGUCCAGAGAGCCACCGUGUGGAUGCUGCAGUUGGAGCCACUGCACACUCAGAACACCCAGCAGGAGGCCCUCACCACAGCCCACCUGAGGGCCACCCUGGAGCAGGCAGGGCCAAGCCCCCCCACUUUCCACUAUAAGGUGGUUCAGGCCCCCAGGAAGGGAAAUCUGCGGCUCCAGGGCACACGGCUGUCGGAAGGUCAGAGCUUCACCCAGGAUGACUUGAAGGCUGGUCGGGUGACCUACGGGGCCACAGCACGUGCCUCAGAGGUGGUUGAGGAUGUCUUCCAUUUCCGUGUCACAGCUCCGCCGCACUUCUCCCCAAUCUAUGCCUUCCCCAUCUAUAUCGGCGGUGACCCAGAUGCUCCCAUACUCACCAACGUUCUCCUAUCAGUGCCUGAAGGUGGUGAGGCUGUCCUCUCUGCUGACCACCUCUUUGUCAAGAGUCUUAACAGUGCCAGCUAUCUCUAUGAGGUCAUGGAGCAGCCCCGCCAUGGGAGGUUGGCAUGGCGGGGGGCACAAGAUAAGACCACCACAGUGACAUCCUUUACCAACGAGGACCUGCUGCAUGGCCGGCUGGUGUACCAGCAUGAUGACUCCGAGACCACGGAAGAUGACAUCCCGUUUGUGGCUACCCGCCAGGGUGAGGGCAGUGGUGGGAUGGCCUGGGAAGAGGUACGUGGUGUCUUCCGAGUGGCCAUUCAGCCAGUGAAUGACCACGCCCCUGUGCAGACCAUCAGCCGCAUCUUCCAUGUAGCCCGGGGUGGGCGGCGGCUGCUCACUACAGACGACGUGGCUUUCAGCGAUGCUGACUCCGGCUUUACUGAUGCCCAGCUGGUGCUGACCCGCAAGGACCUCCUCUUUGGCAAUAUUGUGGCCGUGGAUGAGCCCACGCGGCCCAUCUACCGCUUCACCCAGGAGGACCUCAGGAAGAGGCGAGUACUAUUUGUGCACUCAGGGGCUGACCGUGGCUGGAUCCAGCUGCAGGUAUCUGACGGGCAGCACCAGGCCACCACACUGCUUGAAGUGCAGGCCUCGGAUCCCUACCUCCGCGUGGUCAAUGGCUCUAACCUUGUGGUCCCUCAAGGAGGGCAGGGCACGAUCAGCACAGCUGUACUCCACCUGGACACGAACCUAGACAUCCGCAGUGGGGAUGAGGUCCACUAUCACGUCACAGCUGGCCCACACUGGGGGCAGCUGCUCCGAGCAGGCCAGCCAGUCACAGCCUUCUUUCAUCAGGACCUGUCGGAUGGGGCCAUUCUCUACAGCCACAAUGGCAGCCUCAGCACCCAUGACACCCUGGCCUUCUCUGUGGAUGCAGGGCCUGUGCACACAGAUGCAACCCUGCAUGUGACCAUUGCCCUAGAAGGGAGACUGGCUCCACUGCACCUGGUUCAGCACAAGAAGGUCUUCAUCUUCCAGGGGGAGGCGACUGAGAUCAGAAGAAACCACCUGGAGGCAGCCCAGGAGGCAGUGCCGCCCGCAGACAUUGUGUUCUCAGUGAAGACACCCCCGAGUGCUGGCGACCUGGUAAUGUUGUCUCACGCCGCCACUGUGGCCGAGCUGCGCAGCCUGGACCCCGUGCGGAGCUUCUCUCAGGAGGCAGUGGAUGCGGGCAGGGUCCUGUACUUGCAUUCCCGUCCUGAGGUCUGGAGUGACUCCUUCUCCCUGGAUGUGACCUCAGGCCUGGGUGCCACCCUUGAAGGUGUCCACAUGGAGCUGGAGGUGCUACCUGCCACCAUCCCACUGGAGGCACAGAACUUCAGUGUCCCCGAGGGCGGCUCCUGCACCGUGGCCCCUCCGCUGAUCCACAUCCCCAGGCCCUACUUCCGCAUGCUGCCGGACCUUCGCCUGCGGGUGCUAGAGUCACCCCAGCACGGGAUGCUGCAAAGAGAGGGAGACCCUCAAAAUGAGACCCUCAGUACCUUCUCUUGGAGAGAGGUGGAGGAGCUGCUGAUCCACUAUGUUCAUGAUGGGAGCGAGACACAGACAGACAGCUUCAUCCUGGUGGCUAAUGCCUCAGAGAUCAACCGCCUGAGCCAUCCGGUGGCCUUCGCCAUCACCAUCCUUCCUGUCAACGACCAGCCCCCAGUCCUCACCACAAACACGGGCCUGCAGAUGUGGGAGGGGGCUACUGUGCCCAUCCCUACGGCAGCCCUUAGGGGCAUAGAUGGUGACUCAGAGCCCGAGGACCUGGUCUACAGCAUCGAGCAGCCCAGCAAUGGACGGGUAGUGCUGAAGGCGGCACAGGGCACCGAGGUGCACAACUUCACACAGACCCAACUGGACAGUGGGCUCGUGCUGUUCUCACACCGAGGGGCCCUGGAUGGAGGCUUCCGCUUCAGCCUCUCUGAUGGCAGGCACACCUCGCCUGGACACUUCUUCCGAGUGACAGCCCAGAAGCAGCUGCUGCUUUCACUGGAGGGCAGCCAGAGGCUAACUGUCUGCCCAGGGUCUGUCCAGCCGCUCAGCAGCGAGAGCCUGAGAGCCAGCUCCAGCACAGGCACCGACCCCCACCACCUACUCUACUGGGUGGUGCAGGGCCCUCAGCUUGGCCGGCUGUUCCACACCCAGAAGGGCAGCAGUGGGGAGAGCCUGGUAAACUUCACUCAGGCCGAGGUGUAUGCUGGAAAUGUUCUCUAUGAGCACGAGAUGCCUGCGGAGCCCUUCUGGGAAGCCCACGACACUGUGAAGCUCCGGCUGGUCUCGCCCCCGGCCCCCGAUUUGGCCACCACCCUUGCUGUGACUGUGUCUUUUGAGGCUGCCUGUCCCCAGCACUCGAGCCGCCUCUGGAGGAACAAAGGUCUCUGGGUCCUCAAAGGCCAGCGAGCCAAGAUCACCAGAGCUGCCCUUGACGCCUCCAACCUUCUGGCCAGUGUCGUGUUGCCGCAGCGCCCAGAGCACGACGUGCUGUUCCAGGUCACACAGUUCCCCGCCCGGGGCCAGCUGCUGCUGUCUGAGGAGCCCCUCCAUGCCGGGCACUCCCACUUCCUGCAGUCCCAGCUGGCUGCAGGGCAUCUGGUGUACGCCCACAGUGGUGGGGGCACUCAGCCGGAUAGCUUCCGCUUCCAUGCCCACCUCCAGGGGCCGGCGGGGGCCUCCUUGGUGGGACCUCAAAUCUCAGAGGCCUUUGCCAUCUCUGUGCAAGAUGUGAAUGAGCAGCAACCUCGACCACAGGCCUCUAUCCCACUCCAGCUCACCCGAGGCUCCCGCACCUCAAUCUCCCGGGCCCAGCUGAGUGUGCUGGACCCAGACUCUGCUCCCGAGGAGAUCAAGUUCAAGGUACAGCGGGCACCCCACAAUGGCUUCCUGAGCCUGGCAGGGACCAGUGCAGGGCCCGUGACCCACUUCACACAAGCCGAUGUGGACGCAGGGCGGCUGGCCUUCGUGGCCAAUGGGAGCAGUGUGGCAGGCAUCUUCCAGCUGAGCGUAUCUGACGGAGCCAGUCCACCCCUGCCCAUGUCCUUGGUUGUGGAUGUCUUGCCAUCCACGAUUGAGGUACAGCCGCAAGCACCCCUAGAGGUGCCCCAAGCUUUAGGGCGAUCCUCACUGAGCCGGCAGCAGCUCCAGGUGGUUUCAGACCGGGAGGAGCCAGAUGCCACAUACCACCUCACCCAGGGGCCCAAGUAUGGGCAUCUCCUGGUGGGUGGGCAGCCAGCCACAGCCUUCAGCCAGCUCCAGGUAGACCAAGAGCCAGCUCCUCCCAGGCACUGAGGAUGGAAGCCAACCUGGAUACGAGUUAUCGGAAAUGUCUGGGAGCCUCUGACUCUCAUUCUCACAUACGCACAGUGUGCACUUGUACAACAGCUGUGCACCUUCAGAUCUUCAGACAUACAACACAGAGAUAAAUACCCACCUACAUAAUACAUACUUGUACACACGAACUUUGGGGAUAUGUGUUUCUUGCCUGUGGCCUUCCCACAGUCCCAGCAACUAGCAGAUUGAGCCAAGGGCCAAGAUGCCUGCCCAUCCAGGGACCCAAGGUGACAUCAGCAGAUUUGGGAAGUGCCCCACAGUGGGAAAGGUGGCAUUGGAGUGAGUGUGGGAAACAGGAUCGGGGUUCCAGAGAGAUCCCCAGCUCAGGAGCCCUGCCCUGAGCCCACCACUGUAAAUGGUUUAAUCUCUUAGAUGGGAAAGAAAGGGCUCACUUUCAGCCCCUCUCCUCAUUCUAGAAGCUGACCCUUUAAGUGCAGUUGUUAUUGCCGCUGUGAAACCCACCGAGCUAGAAUCACUAUCCUCUGAUAGGAAGCAGGAGAAAUGGUCCCCCACUACCACAACUGCUGACCAAUGUGAACUGCGGACAUCUUCCUCUGGGCCCUGAAUAUUCCAGAUCUUAAAGGGACGGACAUACCUGUGCAGCCCCCCAGAGCUCUCUGGUUGGAUCUCCUGUUCCCAGCCAUAACAUGUGAGGGAGCCCUGACAAGUGGGUGGAGUGGGAGCUCUCUCCACAGUUCCUGGCCCACUGUAGGUCCUUUCAGUUAAUGCCGUGUAGUUACUGCUAUGAUUAUUCAGGUGUUGCCAAGCUCAUUUCGUGCCAAAACUGCUAUGGGAACUGCAGAUAGGAAUCCCUCCAUCCCUUCCUGAAGAGCCCCAGGCCUGCCAGUGAGUACCUAGCACCCCAUGACGUAUGCCCUAGCCCAGUCGUUGGAGCUGGCGAACGAGGGGGAGCCCAGAGUGAGAGGGCAGCUGGCUCUGUCUGCAUCCUUCUCUCUUUAAAAAGUGUGGGCUUCUCCUGGGAAGGGGCAGCCAUGCAGCUGCCAAGCCUAGCAUGCCCAGCUUACCUCCUGAUCACAUUUCCAUUCUCAGUGCAAUGAGAUGCAUAAUUUAACUGAUAGCUGCUACCCUCAUAAAGGGUGCCAGCUUUUCAGAGGGCACCUGUGGCCUCUAGGAUAACUUUGUGGACUUUAUAGUGUUCCUUCAUGUUUUAGGUGUCCUAAGUGCUCCUAAAGACAGAAGCAGCCCCUGGUUAAAUCAAACAGAAGCAGCCCCUGGUUAAAUCAAUCAGUGGCCAGGAAGGGACUUUUCUACCUGAACACAGCCUCGCUGUGGGCUGGAGGAGCUCCCCGGCUCCUAACCUUGGAACUGCCAACUCUGUUAGCCUGGAUCUGGGAGCUAACCCCAAGGCUUCCUUCUGAUGGCUGAUAAGGUCACAAAGGACUGAAGGGACCAGUCCUGAAGGCCCAAAUUCAAUGAGUUCUCUAAGUCUUUACUGCUCAAAGUAGGAUCUAGGGACCAGCAACACCUGGGAGCUUGCUGGAAAUGAGGAAUCUCAGGUGCGCCCAGAGUUGCUGAAUCACACGCUGCAUUGGAACAAACUCCCAGGUACUUAGAGCACAACCAAAGAGCAAAAUUGAAGACACACUAAGUCUUCUCCCUCAACCACUGAGGAAACUGAGUCAGAAGAGGCAGGGACCAGGCAAAUGUCACACUGAGGCAGCAAUUUUCAAUCCAUUUUUUCAUCUCAUGGCACAUAAACCAAUUACUAAAAUUCUGCAGCACACCCAAAAAUACAAUUAUUGCCAAUCUGACAAAAAAAAUAGGUAUGGGGAGCAAAGGGGAGA